UGUGUGUGUUUAUAUUUUUAAAUUCUUAUAGAGGGAAAACUAUUUACCAUAUCUAAAGUGCAGGACCAAAGAAGAAAUAAUGUAUGCUUUCGUGAGGUUCUUGGAUGACGAUAUGUGCUACGCUCUGCCGGUUUCGAAUGUGAAAGAUUUUAGACCUCUGCACAAAACAGAUUUUGAUAAUCAGAAGGUGUAUCUGGUUCACAGAACUGAAGAGAAUGGUACAGGCCAGCCUGGCAAAGCACAGAUCCUUGCUCUUGCAGAAAACAUUGAAGAGUUUGAGCACAGUAUUAUGCAAAAGAAGAUGAAAAUUCCCAAGCUGUCCACUAAAGAUGUGGGUAAUUCAGUUGAGAACCACUUUGGGGAGGAACGACUGCCACUCAGACAUAAAAAGGCCCAGCCGCAAGACCACGGGCGCCACAACGCCAACUCCUCCAAGAGCCUGGCGGCGGUGGUGGCGCGGCUCGAGCGCAACGCGGUGAGCCUGUGCGUGGAGGGUGACGAGGACAUGGCGGAGGAGGAGGAGGAGGAGGAGGAGGAGGAGGAGGGAGACUCUGGGACGGAGGAGGCGGUGGUGCCCCGGGUGCUGUACGAGGAGCUGGUGCACAGCUACAGGCAGCAGGAGGAGGAGAUGCGGCGGCUGCAGCAGGAGCUGGAGCGAACGCGCCGGCAGCUCGUGCAGCAGGCCAAGAAGCUGAAGGAGUAUGGCAGCCUCCUGACCGAGGUGAAGGAGCUGCGCGACUUCAACAGGAGGCUGCAGGACGUCCUGCUCAUGAGGCUGGGAAGCGAGCCUAUGCAUGACAAUGGCACCCAGACAAUCAAGGCAGAAGUGGUGGAGCCCAUUAUUGAGCCACAGGAAGUGUGCAGAGAGGAAGCCAAUACCAGCUCUAGCCAUUCGCCCUCCCCAAGAACUGUGUACACUUUCACAGACGGCAAGGUGCACCUUGGUGGGGGAAUCUGGGUGGAGGAGGAGAAAUGGCACCAGCUACAGCGCACACAGGGGGACUCCAAGUUCACCAAGAACUUGGCAGUCAUGAUCUGGGGCACAGAGACACUGAAGAACAGGAGCGUCACAGGAGUGGCCACCAAGAAGAAGAAGGACGCUCUUCCUAAGCCCCCACUCUCCCCAAGCAAACUCAAAAUUGUCAGAGAAUGUCUGUAUGACAGAGUAUCGCAAGAAACGGCAGACAGCGCUGAGAUCACACAGAGAUUGUCCAAAGUGAACAAAUACAUAUGUGAAAAGAUAAUGGAUAUCAACAAAUCCAUCAAGAACGAGGAGAGGCGGGAAUCCAAGCUACUCAUUAGACAGACAGUGAAGAUGGAAAAUUUCAACUAUGAUGGCAUGUAGUGAUUAAAAGUUGUCACCAUAGCUCAUUCUGCUCUUCUUGGACUGCCGAAAAAGGAAGAGGGUGGACAGGACCAUCACUGCUGCCAUUUGAGAUUCUCACUGGAGCCCAAAUGAGGCCUUUCAAACAACACUGCUGCCUAUCAGACAGCUUUACUACUCAAUGAGCGUAGUCAGUGGUUGGUAUGAGUCAU